UGAUCUGAUCGUCUGCAAUCUGCAUCACUGCAGUACAAUACGAGAGAAGUCCUGUUCACUGUUGUUAUUGAUUUUUGCAAAUCUAUUUACAAAAUAAAUAAAUGAAUUAAAAUGGCAAAGAAACAGGAAAAGGUGUAUUUAGGAUAUGAAGAGGAAAUUAUUAAUGAUAAAAAUUUAACGCUUCUUAGUUAUACAGUUAAUAAAAUCGGAGGUUUACCCGACUGGCCCUUACCAGAGAAUUUUAAGAUUCCUUCCAAAUGUCCGAUAUGCAGUUUGCAUAGGCUUUUAGUUGUUCAAUGUUAUGCUCCACUUGAGAACUCUGAAUAUCAUCGAACCCUCUAUGUGUUUGCCUGUAUAAAUUCCAAUUGCUGGAACCAAUCAGAAAGCUGGAUUUGUCUUCGCGGCCAAAUAAAAGAUGACUCAAGUAAAACAAGUGCUGUUGUUGCCAUACCUAGUGUAGACACUAAUUUAAGCUGGUGUAAAGGCUCAGAUGAUUGGGAUGAAAAUGACAAUGGAGAUUCAGCUAAUGGCAAUGUAAUGAAUGUGGAUAAUAUUUCAAGCCCAAACAUUCACAGAAAUUCUGAUGAUGAUGAUGAAAGUAAUUCUUAUGACUUAGAAGCCGUUGAACAAGCAUUGGGAAACAUACACAUGUGUGAUGCUCAUAAUGCAAAUCUCUCUCCAUUGCAAGGAGCAGUAGGUGCUAUAGGUGUCCCUAUGCCAGCAGCAGAAUUGGAAGGUGGAGAUGAACCUGGCCUGGUCACAGUAGAAACCCCUACAGCCCCCACUAGCAAUAUUGAAGUGUUGUUACAUCAGACAGCUGAAUUACCUGCUGACUUACGAAGUCGACUCAUGUACGGCCCUCUACAAUUUGUCCCAAAAUAUAUCUAUGUAGAAGAAGAAUGGAAGAAGUCUUCUUAUAAUGAUGAGAAAAUCACUGAAUUACUCAACAAAUACACCAAAGAAUCAGAUUUAGAAGCAAAUGUUAAUGUAGAAAGAGGAAGCCUAGGAGGAGAAGAUGAAGUGUAUGAAGAAGCCACACCGCUUCACGGAGAUAGACUCUUUCAUUCCUUCUUAUCGCGAUUGCAAGAUAACCCGGGACAGAUACUUAGGUACAGUCGUGGCGAACCACCACUACUUGGAGCACCUAUAACAUUAGACAGCCCAUCUUGUCCAUUAAUUUGUGCCAGAUGUGGUGCCAAUCUAAUCUGUGAACUUCAACUAUUGCCAGGAUUUGCAGAAACGCUUCAAGUGAUUCCCGGAAACAUACGUCUAUCCCAUUUGCAUUUCUUAUCUGUGCUCAUUUUCACUUGCUCUCAAAGUUGCUGGCAAGCCAGUGAUAUAUAUGUUCCGGAAACUGUUAUAAUUCAACCGGAAGUUAUCUAAUUCUCUUGACAUUUGCAGUGACUUAAAAGUCAUAAUAAGAAAAUGGUUUGUAAUGUUUAUCUUUAAUUAAUAUAAACUUGUGUUCUGGAAAAUUGACCACAUGUGAAAGUAGUUUAAACUAUAUUUCACAGACAGUUUUAAAAUUUCAUUAGCUCUUAUAUUAAUGGUUACAAUAAUUAAUUUUUAUUUUUGGAAUUACAAGGUUUCAGAAUGUAGUUUUAGAUCCCAGGUCGUUUAGGCUAAUAUUUAUUAUUGUAUAAUGGUAACCUUGUAAUUACGUUCCUUGUCAAUGUCAUUUAAAAUAUUUUUGUCUUUAAAACUACUCUAAAAUAACGCACAUAAUAGUAGCUACAUGUAUUUUAUAAAUCAGUCUUAAAUGUUGUAUUGUUUUGUCUCUUUGUAUCCAAAUCUAUGACGAAAAGAGACUGCUGUAACUGUUAAAAUUCUAAUGUAGUUUUUUAAGAAUAACGUUGUUUUCAUUUAUGUUUGUUUUAUUAUAUGUCUAAUAUAUUUAUAUUGUUUUAAGGUAUUCAUAUAAUGUAUUCAGUAUAAACUCUAUAUUAACGAUACUGAAUAAUAAAGUGAGAGUGGGUGUAGUGCUAUGUAGAGUGUAUCAUUGUAUGAAAGAUAACCCAAACCAAUUAAAGCCAAUUUCGUGGCUUUAGCGAGAUCGUCGUUAAAUCGAGGGACGUUAUAUGGAGUUUACACUGUAUGUAAAUGGUUUGGUUAUCUAAAUAUAAUGAAAUAGACAUUUCUUCCUUUAAGAGCUUACCAGUUCAUUAAAUAACUAGUAAUAUCACAUUUUAAUUUUCAACUUUUAGAAAUGAAAAUUCGUCUGUAUCUGUGAUUAUAAACUUUGUUAUAAUUAGAUUAUAGGAUUUUUUCUCUAGUAUUUCCAGCUGCCUUUAGGGUGGGUACUGACGACAAUCUAAUAAAAACUUAAUAUAAAAGGUAAUUAUUACAAUUGACCUCUGAAACUACAAUCAGAUCACCAAUGUCCAUUUAAAGAAUAUUUAACAUAUUUUUUCCCAGUCAGUGAUUAAUACACUAUUAGUAACUCACAAGAGUUAUCGUGCCAAGCCUUAGUUUGUCGUCUGAACUAAUAGUGUAUUGCAUUUAUUAAUAAUUGUCCAUUCGAUACCUGCCAUAAGUAGAAACUACGUUCUAACUUAAUCUUUAGCUAUGUAAUGACAUGGAAAUAAUUGUGAUUUCAGUUUUGAGGGUAGUUUCAAAAUGCAUUGAUAGUUAGUGUAAGAA